AGUGAAAUAUGAACCACCAGUCCAGAACUACUGGAUACCCAAAUCCAGAACAAACCACACACCAUCUUCUUUACAAUUACAAUGCCACCAAAUUCAAAUUCCCAACUCACCCAUUAAUUCCAAAAAUGUUGAUGGCCGCUCAACAUCUCUCCCUAACGGCCAAACCCAGUUUCACACACCGCACAUACGCCACCCAAUCUUCCGACGACGGAAAACAGAAUCUCCCGCCGCCCCCCGACCAAUUCGGCUCGCUCCAGUCCGUAUUCCGGCGCCGCCUCCUCACCGGAGUUUCCGCCGCUUCUCUACUGGCCGUCGGCGCCAAUUUCGUCGGCGUAACCAGCUUCCUUCUAGGUUUCUCGCCGGAGGCUGCUCGGAAUCUCAAGCUCGAUGCUCUUUAUCCUGUCGGAGGAUACAGCCGCUACAUAGAUACAAACGAAGGAUUCGAGUUUAUAUACCCGGAGAAUUGGUUGGGGGAUCAGACGGUGUUGUAUAGAGCCGCCGGAAAGGCAGAGAGGUCGCUGGAUCCUCCUCCUCUGGGCGGUGGUGGAGGGCGGCGGAGGAGUUUGAAUGAGCCAGCGGUGGCGUUCGGCCCGCCAGGAUCGACCGGAGAGCUCAACGUUAGUGUUAUUGUGUCACCUGUUUCCAUUGAUUUCUCGAUUGAGGCAUUCGGAGGAGCUGAGGAGGUGGGAGAAGCUGUCGUUCGGAAAAUCACCAAAUCGGGAAAAAGCAUGGAUAUAAAAGGCGAAUUGAUACGAUCGAAUUUGAGAGAGGAUUCGUUGAAAAAGGUGAAGUAUUACGAGCUUGAAUUCGGAGUUGAGAGCACAAAUUUCAAGCGGCAUAACGUUGCAGUGUGUUGUGCCAGAAACGGGAGAUUGUUUACGUUGAAUGCACAGUCCCCGGAAUCCGCUUGGCCCCAAUUUAAGUCACAGUUUUAUACAAUUGCCGACUCUUUCAAUUUAGUCUAAGUUGAUGACCAAUCAAGAAACAUAUUGGUUAAUAUAGAAUUUAUUAUAGGGGUAAUGGCAAAUAGGCCCAUGACAAGGGCACUUAAUUAAAAUAGG